GCGAUCCUAGAGUUCGAAUCGAACUCGGAUCGCCCCAUGGGAGUCCUCGAUCCCGCCGGAUUCGGGGGAGGAAGAAGACUCCCAGUCGGGGUCUUCUUCCCCGUCUCCCCCACGGCCAAGCAUGGGUCGACCAUGGCCCUGGCCUAUUCGGGCCGGCCCACGAGCCUAACAGUUUUUUUUCUUUUUUUGGGAUAUUACACUAUAUCCUAAAUCCUAAAUCCUAAAUCUUAAUCCCCAAAUCUGAUAAACUCUAAAUUCUGAAUUCUAACUCCUAAACCUUAAACUCCUGAACCUCUAAAUUCUAAUUUCUAAAUUCUAAAUUUUAAAAACUCUAAUUCUAAAUUUUAAAUCUUAAAUUUUAAAUUCUAAAUUCUAAAUUCUAAAUAAUAAAUUUUAAAAUCUUAAAUUCUCAGCUCUAAAACUCUAAAUCCUAAAUUCUAAAUCCUAAAUUCUAAACUUUAAUAGUUUAAAAUUUUAUGUUUUAGAUUAUAAAUUCUAAACUCUAAAAUACUAAACUUCUAAAUUCUAAUCCCUAAAUCCUCAACCUCGAAUCUCUGAAUCUCUAAAUCUCAGCUCCUAAACACUAAAUCCUAGCCACAGCCGCAUCCGGCUCCCAUCUUUUCGUCCGUCACACGAUUGGAGGGGAGUCCAACUCUUUCCCACCUUGCCGAAGGGCUGGAUCAGGCGAGGGGGCAUGCGAAUAUGCCGCUUCUGCGUUGCUGUUUCCCGUAUAAAUACAGUAGCCGCUGCUGCUCCUUCCCAACAUCUCCCCCUCCAUCUCCGUCUCCAUAUCCAUCCACUGUCUCGUUCGCUCCUCUCCCUCUGCAACAUCUUCGCAGCCGCCGUCCACACCGGCCUCUGCGUCCACUCUUCUCUCUCGAAUCAGAAGUCCCCGACGACGAUGAUAAUGACAUUGGUCGAAGCAACCGAGGCCAUGGGAUCCCACCGCGACCCAGAGAGCCGCGCCAAGUACUUGUGGAGAGACGCCGAGACGGCACGGCUAAGAGAUACGUGUUAGAUGUUAACUCAGAACUACAAACUUACUGGAAGGGGCGCCAAUCGUUGAUGAAUAUAAUGAUAGAAGAAGAACGCUUCUCCGACUUAUCUUGGAUUCCCGACAUCUUCAAGAAUUUUAUAUUACCUGCAGGGUUUCCAGGAUCAGUCUCAGAGGAUUAUCUGGAUUACAUGCUUUUGCAGUUCCCUACAAAUGUAACAGGAUGGGUCUGUCACACAUUGGUAACGUCUAGUCUUUUGAAGGCUGUUGGUGUAGGCUCUUCUGCAGGAACUAGUGCUGCUGCUGCUGCUGCUGCUAUAAAAUGGGUGUCAAAGGAUGGCCUGGGAGCUAUUGGACGUCUAUUUGUUGGUGGGCGUUUUGGGAGUCUUUUUGAUGAUGACCCAAAGCAAUGGCGGAUGUAUGCAGAUAUCAUUGGAAGCGCUGGAAGCAUCUUUGAGCUCAGCACACAACUUUAUCCAGCAUAUUUCCUCCCACUUGCAUCCUUAGGGAAUCUUGCAAAGGCUAUAGCAAGAGGGCUCAAAGACCCUUCAUUUCGUGUUAUCCAAAAUCAUUUUGCCAUGUCUGCAAACCUUGGAGAGGUUGCCGCAAAGGAGGAAGUUUGGGAGGUAGCAGCUCAGCUCCUAGGACUUUCUCUUGGCGUAUUAGUCAUGGAUACAACGGGAGUACAAUCAUCAUAUUCCAUGCUGGCUUUUGUAUGGUUGAGUGUGCGCCUUCUGCACCUUUGGUUACGUUACCAGUCACUGUCAGUUCUCAAGUUUCACACGAUAAACCUUAAGCGUGCUCGGAUUCUUGUGAAAUCACAUGUUGUACUCCAUACAGUUCCUGGGUAUGCUGAUUGCAACAAGGAAGAGAACAUUUUAUCUUGGGAAAGAUUUUUGCUGCCCCGAGUCAUUUUUGGUGUAUCAUUGGAGAGAAUGAUUGGUAGGGAGGGCUCCAGCCACAUGGUGAAGGCACUUCUGAGGUUGUACAUGAAGGAAAAAUACAUUCUCUUUGUGAACCAAUGUGGAUCAAGAGGGCUUGAGUUUUUAAUUACAUUCAAGGUGGGAGCUACCGGUCUCUCAGUUUUGAAAAGCCUGUGGCAAGUCUAUUGGCUUCAUGGAAGACAAGAAAGAUUGCCAGAUCAUGUGUUCUCUUGGCUUGAGGAGAGCCUUCUGAACUUGGAAGCUGGAUUUGCCGACUUUCUUAAACAAUUGGAAGAAGCUGGAUGGGAUAAGCACCAGAUCAGCCUUAAAGUGCCUAACGGAUUUCUUUUUGAGGAAAUUGGAUCCGUUACCUGUGACAAGUAAAUUCUCUUGUGGCUGCUUCCUAAUGCCCUUCAUUUGAAUUCAACCACCGCAUGUUUAUCAAUUGCGACAGUAUGUUCGCUGGAUGAUGAGUCCACGGUGUUGGCCCAUAUGAUGACAUCGGGAACUCUUUGGUCUGGACAACACUUUGCUGCCAUCCUGCAGCCUGUGGGCUGCAUAAUGGGCCUUGCCUCCUCUAUGCAUGAAGUCAUUCUUGGAUUGCUUUGGAUGUAACAAUGACUUCCUCAAAUCCAUUACUCUUGUGGGCUCCAGCCAUGGGCUGCUAUGCGCCUAUGCCCUUAGACAAAAUAGAAGAUUGGACAUUUAAAUAGAAGAAUCAUCAGUCACGACUUUCUCUUUAUGAGGAGGGGGAGGUUGACGAGUCCGGUUUUUGAGAGAGAGAGAGAGAGUACAUGAACUUAUAGCUUGAUGUGAGCCUUUUUUCGAAUUUUCUUAACAAUUAUUGAUUUUCUAUACAAAUCGAUGAUCUUUUCAUGUUGGUGAAACAAAAUUAUCUAGUUUUUUAAUAUAAGGAAACACUGAAAAUCAUUCUACAGAA